UCCCAUUCGACGUCACUCCUUUUUUUACUCUCUUCUCCCUAUUCCUUAUAGAAAAAUCGCCCAACCUGUUCGCCUCAAGUUUCCGACGAACGCUUCGUUCGAGUGCCGGGCUAUCGAUUGCCGCUGCCGCCACCGCGUUUACCAAGAACCCCUCCAAGACACCUGUUGAACAAGGAGCCCGAAAGAUGCACAGCAAAGUUGUCGUCAUUGGCUCCGGCCCCGCGGCCCAUACCGCUGCCAUCUACCUCGCCAGAGCAGAGCUGAAGCCCGUCCUCUACGAAGGCUUCAUGGCCAACGGCACCGCCGCCGGCGGCCAGCUCACCACCACGACCGAAGUCGAAAACUUCCCCGGCUUCCCCAAGGGCAUCAUGGGCCAGGAGCUCAUGGACAGCAUGCGCGCCCAGUCGGAGCGCUUCGGCACCGAAAUCGUCACCGACACCGUCACCAAGCUGGACCUCUCCCAGCGGCCCUUUUCCUUCAGCACAGAGUUCAACCCGGACGAGACCCACACGGCCGACUCCGUCAUCAUCGCGACGGGAGCCUCCGCAAGGCGCCUGCACCUCCCCGGCGAGGACAAGUACUGGCAGAACGGCAUCUCCGCCUGCGCCGUGUGCGACGGCGCCGUGCCCAUCUUCCGCAACAAGCCGCUGUUUGUUAUUGGUGGCGGUGACUCCGCCGCCGAGGAGGCCACCUUUCUGACAAAGUACGGCUCUCACGUCACGGUGCUGGUGCGUCGCGACCAGCUGCGCGCCAGCAAGGCCAUGGCCACGCGGCUGCUCAAGCACCCCAAGGUGACGGUGCGCUUCAACUCGGUCGCCACAGAGGUCAAGGGCGACGACAAGGGCCUGAUGAGCCACCUCGUCGUCAAGAACGUCGUCAGCGGCGAGGAGGAGACGCUCGAGGCAAACGGCCUCUUCUACGCCGUGGGCCACGACCCCGCCACCAACCUAGUCAAGGGUCAGGUCGACGUCGACUCCGAGGGCUACAUCAUCACCAAGCCCGGCACCACGGAGACGAGCAUCCCCGGUGUGUUUGCCGCUGGUGACGUCCAGGACAAGAGAUACCGCCAGGCUAUUACCAGUGCCGGAACUGGAUGCAUGGCUGCUUUGGAGGCGGAGAAGUACCUGACUGAGUUGGAGUAGGACAAGGUUGUGGACUUAGCAUAUACAUAGAAUAGAAGGCGUAUAUAUCCCUAUAUCAGACAUACAAUUUUG